ACGAGUCACGAAUAGAGUCAUGACUAGCCUCUGCCUCUACCGCUUAUCCAAAAUCACCCCGUGCUCCCUCUCGCCACGGCUCCAACAAUUGUCCAGAGACGCCAUCGUCUCCGCCGCCCGGCGCGGCGCCAUGCCCCCCGCCGCUCUCCUCCCGCUCGCCCCGUCGCCGCUUCACCCGAACCAGCGGCGUCACCUCUCCCGCUGCGGCGCCUCGCGCCGCGGCUUCAACGUCCACACCGCCAUCGCCAUUGCCUCGGCCUCCGCCGCGGCCUCGGCAGCGGAGGCGCCGCCCUCCCCGUCUCCUCCCCCGUCGCCGCAAACGCAGGCGCCUCCCUCCAAACAGGGCUCCCCAGUGCUGGGCGGCAUCGCGAACACGAGGUCGUGGUCGCAGUACUACGGCAGCGGCUUCUCCAUCCGCGUGCCGCCGUCCUUCGACGACAUCCUCGAGCCCGAGGACUACAACGCCGGGAUGACGUACUACGGCGACAAGGCCAAGCCCCGGGCGUACGCGGCCCGCUUCGCGUCUCCAGAUAGGGACGAAAUCGUAAGUGUGGUGAUUAAGCCGUCAAAUCAGCUCAAGAUCACAUUUCUAGAGGCAAAAGAUAUAACUGACUUGGGCACUCUAAAGGAGGCAUCAAAGAUAUUUGUACCUGCUGGUGCAAAAGUGUUCUCAGCUCGAACAAUCAAAGUUAAGGACAAGGAGGAUAUUAGGACAUAUUACUUCUAUGAAUUUGGUCUGGACAAACAACAUGUUGCUCUAAUGGCUACUGUGAAUAGUGGAAAGACAUACAUUGCGGGCGCUACUGCUCCAGAGACGAAAUGGGGUGACGACGGUGUGAAGUUACGAUCGGCUGCCGUAUCUCUGUCCGUUUCAUGAUUCUGCAAAGCAGGAGGCAAGAAAACACUAUGCUACAACUUCACGUUCAACCGCAUGCAUAGAGGGAUCGAUCAUUAUUGCACUAUACGUGUAGUGAUCAAAAGAAGGUAAAUAGUUCUAGCAGUCGUCAACAUCAACAUACAAAGGAACUAGGCGAGGCUCUGUACGACGUUUCACUCGAGUCUGUGGACAAUUUUUGAAAGUGGUGAUUUGUCAUGAAGAAUGACAUCAUAAUUGAAUUUUGAUUAUUUAAAUCUUGUUUGUCUA